AUGUAUAGAGUAUGCAUUAAUAACAUUGGACAAUAUGAAGGAGAAAAAUCUACUACUGUGGAGGAAAUAGAGGGAGAAACUAUUGUAGUAUCUUCAAGAGCGAGGAUAUCCCAACAGAAUGAUGCAGUGAUUUACUGCUGGAUUCCAACUUCAUGUAUUGCAGCAAUAUUUGGAAUUUAUACUUUAAUACAUGCUGCUAUUAUAACCGACGGUUACCUCAAAACAUGUUUUCAGUAUAGAGGAAAUUUAGUCACGAAAAUGCAAGCCGCAGGUGAUCAAGCAACAGCUAUACAUUUUCGAUUAACAUGCCAAGCAAUAUUCGACUUUAUGGAUUACAUUCAAAAAGGCGCGCCAAACAGCCAACGUGGAGAUUAUAUUAACACUGGAGUCGUUUUACAAUUAGCAAUCAUCACUUCUUGGAUAUCAGCCUGUCUGUGGUCGGUAACACUGCAUCUAUCAUCCGUCGGCCAUUUUUCACAUGUGCGAAAU